CUAGGUCUUCACAUUUACGUGGAACAAUGCUGUAUCUAACACUAGCUUGCAUCAUUCUCCUCGCUGUCAACCCGGGAUCAGACGCUGUCUACACUACAGAAUGUGGACUGCUCCCCGCCGACUUCAUAUUCCUGCUGGAUUCCUCUGGAAGUGAAACCAGCGUUAACUUUCAGAAGCAAGUUGGUUUCCUCCGGAACUUUACUUCUCGCUUCACUAUCGGUCCAAACAAUACCCAGUUUGCCUCUGUCACCUUCUCAACGGGAGUACGGAAUGAUUUCGAUCUUAACGAAAACCAGAAUCAACCAGAGCUACAGAAUGCUAUCAACAAGAUUAGCUACAUGAAUGGCGAGACGGAGACUCAUCUUGCUCUCAACUUCGCUAAACAACACAGUAUAAUCGCUAAUUCCGGAGGUAGACCUGGAGUCCAGAAAUACGUUGUCGUGAUGACGGACGGCAAGUCUAACGAACCGAAUAUGACUGUGAACUACGCCAACAUCCUUAAACAGCAGCCCAAUGUGACGGUCAUAGCUCUGGGGAUAGGGAGCGCCGUGGACAAUGCCGAACUACAGGCCAUUGCCACAGACGGAAAACACGUCUUUACCGUCAGUAACUUCAACCUACUUCACGUGCUGGAAAAGGAACUCACCGACACCACCUGUACAGUGUGUGGAGAUGAGCCAGCAGACAUCGUAUUUUUAUUGGAUUCCUCUGGCAGUGAGGGGGCUCACAAUUUUCAACAGCAGCGUCAGUUUGUGUCUCUGGUGGUGAACGAAUUUGACAUCUCUCCAACCGGAACUCAAGUCGGUCUGGCGACCUUCGCUACUACUGCCAGAACCCAGUUCAGACUGCAACAGUACCCCGACAAGGCAUCUCUCUUACAAGCAAUUCAACACGUUCCCUACACUGACGGUGAGACCAGAACAGACCUAGGACUAAAUGAAGUUGAACAUAGCAUAUUCAAAGGCCAUUCACACCACGGUGGUCCAAGAAAUGGAGCAAAGAGAUUUGUAAUUGUUUUAACAGAUGGCCGAUCUAAUGAGGAAUUACUUACAGUGAGAGCAGCUAUGUCCCUUAAGCAUCAUGUCGACGAAGUCUUUGCCAUAGGGAUCGGAUACGGUGUUGACAAACGUGAACUUGCUUCCAUAGCAACCGACGAUGGACAACACGUCUUUAAUGUAAAACAUUUCGAUGACCUUGACAGUAUCCACGGCAACAUCGUAAAGGAAAUCUGCGAACAUCGUAUUCCACCUCCGACCACAACACCUCUUCCCACCACUGUCACCACAACACCCACAACAACCACCACAGUUAAACCAGAAUGUGGUCCCAAACCAGCUGACAUCGUUUUUGUCCUUGAUUCUUCCGAAAGUGAAAAACAGGAAAACUUUACAAAGCAAAUCAAUUUUGUAUACAACUUUGCCAAGCGAUUUGAAAUCAGUCCAAAGAAUGUCCAAUUCAGUACUGUGACAUUUUCGUCUGCAGUCAGGAAUGACUUUUACCUCAAUACCUACCAUCGCCGAAACGAGGUUCUCCACGCUAUCCAAAACCUCCAGUACAUGGGAGCCGGAACCAACACGUCUUUGGCUCUAAAAUUCGUACGACAGAACAGCUUCCUUCCGGCUAACGGUGGACGACAAAAUGCUACUCAGAUUGUGAUUGUUAUCACCGAUGGUCAAUCCGCUGAUCCAACCAGUACUGCACAAGAGGCUGCUGCUCUUAAACACGCAGUGGACAAAGUGUUUGCUAUCGGCAUUGGCGAUAAAUUAGAUACAAACGAACUAUCCGCCAUAGCGUCUGACCAUCAUCCUUUGACUGUCACGAACUUUGAUCUUUUGCACACAAUACAGGAAAGCCUUGAAAACGCCGCAUGUCAUUCUGUCCAAACAACACCCAGUUUGCCUCUAUCACCUUUCUCUACCGGAGUGCGUGGCGACUUCGAUCUGAAUGAAAAUCGAAAUCAGCAAGACCUGCAAAAUGCCAUCAACAAGAUACAUUAUCUCAAUGGGGAAACAGCAACACACCUUGCUCUCAACUAUGCCAAAGCACACAGCAUAUCAGUGCAUAACGGUGGACGGCCAGGUGUACAGAAGUAUGUUGUAGUGAUGACGGACGGGCAAUCAAACGAGCCACAACUGACAGUUGCCAAUGCUAACAGUCUCAAACAUCAGCCCAAUGUGACGGUCAUAGCUCUGGGAAUAGGCAGCGGCGUGGACAAUGCCGAACUACAGGCCAUUGCCUCAGACAGAAAACACGUCUUCACCGUCAGUAACUUCAACCUACUUCACGUACUUGAAAAAGAACUCACCGAUACCACCUGUACAGUUUGUGGGGAUCAGCCAGCUGAUAUCGUGUUUCUUCUAGAUUCCUCCGGAAGUGAAGGGAACUCGAACUUCCUGUUACAGAAACAGUUUGUAUCUUCAGUUAUUAACGACUUUAAUAUUUCUCCCACUGACACACAGGUCGGAGUGGCAACAUUCUCUACAUCCUCAAGAGCUGAUAUAUUACUACAACAGUAUAACGAUAAGGCAUCUCUUCUCCAUGCUGUACAGCAUGUGGCUUACAAAGAUGGAGAAACAAGAACUGAUCUUGGACUCAACACUGUUGAGCGAAAUAUCUUUCACUCUACCCAUCACCACUACGGACCACGUAGAGGCGCAAAGCGUUUUGUAAUUGUUUUAACCGAUGGCCGAUCGAACGAGCCAGAUUUGACAUCAUCGGCAGGCAGAUCUCUCAAACGUCAUGUUGACGAGGUUUUUGCGAUAGGAAUCGGACAUUCCGUGGACAAGGCCGAACUCAGCAAUAUCGCCACAAAUGACCACCAUCACGUCUUUACAGCAGGAAACUUCCAUGACCUGCAAAAUCUCCAAGGAAAUAUCGUCAAAGAGAUUUGUGAACAUCGUAUCGUUCCUCCGACUACUACACCUCUCCCGACCACAACGCCAACAACAAUCACAACGACUCCAACAACUGUCACAACGACCCCAACUACUACUACAACUGUCAAACCAGAGUGCGGAGACAAACCAGCUGACAUCGUUUUUGUCCUUGAUUCUUCCGAAAGUGAAAAACAGGAGAACUUUACAAAGCAAAUCAAUUUUGUAUACAACUUUGCCAAGCGAUUUGAAAUCAGUCCAAAGAAUGUCCAAUUUAGUACUGUGACAUUUUCGUCUGAAAUCAGGAACGACUUUUACCUCAAUACCUACCAUCGCCGAAACGAGGUUCUCCACGCUAUCCGAAACCUCCAGUACAUGGGAGCCGGAACCAACACGUCUUUGGCUCUAAAAUUCGUACGACAGAACAGCUUCCUUCCGGCUAACGGUGGACGACAAAAUGCUACUCAGAUUGUGAUUGUAAUCACCGAUGGUCAAUCCGCUGAUCCAACCAGUACUGCACACGAGGCUGCUUCUCUUAAACACACAGUGGACAAAGUGUUUGCUAUCGGCAUUGGCGAUAAAUUAGAUACAAACGAACUAUCCGCCAUAGCGUCUGACCAUCAUCCUUUGACUGUCACGAACUUUGACCUAUUACAUACGAUACAGCAAAGCCUUGAAAACGCUGCGUGUACUAACUAGUGUGACAAAUAAAAUAUUAAGUCA